GGGGAAUUAUAAAAGGCCUACGAAUUAUAAGUGAGUUUCAUUCAACGACCAAGUUGAACGCCAUAUGAGCUACAGCAACAUGCUUAGGUUUGUGUAUUUUCUUCUCGCAAUUGCGAGUACCGCUUAUUCUCAAUGCAAUCCAUCCAUUACAACUGUUGGGGGAUCAAAAGCCCCAUCGCGGGUUUGUUCUGGUCAACUUGUGUUCCAAGAUGAGUUCAACUUUUUUGACUUCUCUACUUGGGAACAUGAAAUCACUUUAGCAGGAGGUGGUAAUUUCGAAUUCCAAUAUUACAACAACAACAGGUCAAACUCGUACGUGAGUAACGGAUUGUUAAACAUUGUACCAACACUGUUAGCAGAUGAUAUUGGAGAAAGUGCUCUAACUUCUGCACAACUUAAUCUCUGGGGAGGAAGUCCAGUAGAAACUUGCACCAAUAAUGCUUUCUUUGGAUGUGAACGUACCGGAAGCGCCACCAAUACUUUAAAUCCAGUCAAAAGUGCACGUAUUCGUACUUUCGAUUCCUUUCACUUCAGAUACGGAAGAGUAGAAGUAAGGGCUAAAAUGCCUAGAGGCGACUGGUUUUGGUCUGCCAUUUGGAUGAUGCCUCGAUAUAAUGUUUACGGAUUAUGGCCAGCUUCUGGUGAAAUAGAUAUUAGUGAAGUUCGUGGUAAUGCAGACCUUAGAAGAAACAAUGUCCAUAUAGGAGAUCAACAAACUAGCGGAACUCUCCACUGGGGACCGGCUUGGGCCGCUAACCAAUUUAUUAGAACCACUUUUCCCAAAAACAACGCUUCGUCUUAUAGUUCCGAUUUCCACCUUUAUGGAGUCACGUGGACCAAUGAAAGUAUAUCAUUUACUGUCGAUGGUGAAGUUAUAGGUACCGUAUCCCCUGCUACAAACUUUUGGGACCUGGGUCAGUUAGAAGGACGAUAUUGGAGCAACCCAUGGGGAACCCAAUCUAAAAUGGCACCUUUUGAUCAGCAUUUCUAUCUCAUUUUAAAUUUAGCUGUGGGUGGCACGGUGUUCUUCCCUGAUGAUGCUGUCAAUGGUAACGGUGACAAGCCGUGGAGGGAUACCUCCAGCCAGGCAUUUACUGACUUUUGGAAUGGCAGAAAUUCCUGGCUUCCCACUUGGAGAAAUAAUGAUAGUACAUUCUUAGUAGACUACGUAAGGGUGUAUGCAAUUUAAAGUUUUACAUUUGUAUCAAGUAUUAAAAAAAUUAAUACAUUGGCAAUUGACAUGAGGCACUUAUAAAUAGAAUAAAUAAAUUCAUUACUUUUUA